CAAGGCCAAGUUCAAGGCUAGAUGGAUGCCCGGCUUCAAACAGAAUUUGCUCAUUUGUGGUCGUCCUCGUCGUCUCACUUCAAUUACAUUCAUUCAACAAUUCAAUUCCAUUGUCUAUUCAGACAUUUCGCAAUAAUUUUCUGGAUCACAUACAUCACCCUUAAUUUCCACAAUAUUCUAAAUAAUGUCUGGCAAAGUCGCGAUUGUAACGGGGUCAAACAAGGGUAUUGGCUUUGCCAUUGUGAGAGCCCUUUGCAAGCAAUUUGAUGGGGACGUUUACCUUACCUCGAGGGAUGAAGGACGAGGAGUUGAAGCUGUCGACUUGUUGAAAAAAGAAGGACUGAGCCCAAAAUUUAGCAUUCUUGAUAUCAAUUCAUCAGCGAGUAUUGCAAAAUUUAAGGAUUUUAUCCAAACCACCCACGGUGGAAUCGACGUGCUUGUGAACAAUGCUGGGAUCGCAUUCAAGAACAAUGCUACAGAACCAUUUCAUGUCCAAGCUGAAGUGACAAACGGCACCAAUUAUUUCGCAACCAAAGAUUUUUGCAAUGCAAUUUUUCCACUACUUCGACCGCAUGCAAGAGUUGUGAACGUUUCCAGUUCGUCUGGAUAUUUGAAGAAAAUAAACGGCAAAGAACCAGAGUCCAUCGAAUUGCAGAAGCGAUUUGCAGAUGUAAACUUGACGCAAGACGAACUGUCUGGAAUGGUCAAUAAAUUCAUCGAAUUAACUAAGACGGGAAAUCAUUUUGAACACGGGUGGCCCAAUAGUACCUACAGCGUUUCGAAGGUAGCCUUGUCGUCGUUGACAAGAAUCCAGCAGCGUGAAUUGGACGAAGCACGACCUGGCGAUGACAUUAUCGUCAAUGCUGUCCACCCAGGAUACGUGGACACAGAUAUGACGAGUCACAAGGGUCCACUGAGUCCUGACGAAGGAGCGAUUGCUGCCACAUGGUUGGCGUUAUUGCCUCAAAAUGCGACCACUCCUCGAGGGGGUUACGUGUGGCACGAUAAGACAGUUGUAGACUGGGCAAAUGGACCAGCUCCAGGUGAAUAUUAGAACAUGCACAAGAAGGAUGGACCGUAAAUUACGGUCCGUAAUCACGCCGAUUUCAUUCACCUCACAAAUCCUGUCAAUAAUAAUGUUGAUUUUUGUGUUACUAUUUUCUGUUGGUUAACAAUGUGAAUUAUUUUAUAUUCCAUGUAUGCAUUUUAAUAUUCUUUUCAUAAUUUGUUCAUGUUUAGAAUAAAAAUGGGUGAAACUGAAAUUUAUAUAAUAAACUACAA